AUGAUUCAGCCUGGUGAGAUCAUCGGCCCUGCUGUUGUGCCAGUCAUCCUUUUUGCAGACAUCGAGGGUUUCACCAGUCUGGCGUCCCAGUGCACAGCGCAGGAGUUGGUGAUGACUCUCAAUGAACUUUUCGCCCGCUUUGACAAGCUGGCAGCGGAGAAUCACUGUCUGCGGAUCAAGAUCCUGGGCGACUGCUACUACUGCGUGUCGGGGCUGCCGGAGGCGAGGGCCGACCACGCCCACUGCUGUGUGGAGAUGGGGCUGGACAUGAUAGAGGCCAUCUCGCUGGUACGGGAAGUGACGGGGGUGAACGUGAACAUGCGAGUGGGCAUCCACAGCGGCAGAGUUCACUGUGGGGUGCUGGGACUCAGGAAGUGGCAGUUUGACGUCUGGUCCAACGAUGUCACUCUAGCAAAUCAGAUGGAAGCUGGAGGCAAAGCUGGGCGUAUCCACAUCACUAAAGCUACUCUGAAUUAUCUGAACGGCGACUACGAUGUGGAACCAGGAGCAGGAGGAGAGAGAAACGCCUACCUGAAGAAGAACAGCAUAGAAACCUACCUCAUUGUUGGCUGCAGUCAGAAAAGGAAAGAGGAAAAGGCGAUGAUAGCCAAAAUGAACCGACAGAGGACCAACUCUGUCACCCACAACAGCGGCCACUGGACCGACCGUCCGUUCUACAACCAUCUGGGCGGGAACCAGGUCUCCAAGGAGAUGAAGAGGAUGGGCUUUGAAGACCCCAAGGACAAGCAUUUCAUUUUCAGAAACACACAGGAAAACCUAAAUCCGGAGGACGAGGUGGACGAGUUCCUGGGCCGGGCCAUCGAUGCCCGCAGCAUCGACCGACUGCGAUCCGAACACGUCAAGAAGUUCCUGCUCACCUUCAGAGAGCCCGACCUGGAGAAAAAGUACUCCAAGCAGGUGGACUCCAGGUUCGGCGCUUACGUCGCCUGCGCCUCCCUCGUCUUUCUCUUCAUCUGCUUCAUCCAGAUCGUCAUCGUGCCACCCUCCAGACUGAUGAUCGGCUUCUUCAUCACCUGCCUCAUUAUCCUGACGGCCGUCAUGUUCGUCUCAGCUGUUUACUGCUGUUUCGGGAUCUUCCCGGUUGCACUGCAGACUCUUUCUAAGAGGAUCGUCCAGUCCAGACUGAACAGCACGCUGGUCGGCGUCUUCACCAUCAUCGUUGUCUUUCUCUCUGCUUUCAUCAACAUCUUCACCUGCAGCAGCCACGACCUGCGGAGCUGCAUCAAAGCCGAGCUCAACAUCAGCCUGGACAGUGUGAACGCCUGCCACGCUCACCUCCUCAACUACAGCCUGGACACUCACAUCAGCCCCUGUGGAGACGACGCUCUCAUCUGCAGCUUUCCUGAGUACUUCUCGUCCUGUGUGCUGCUCAGCCUGCUCGCCUGCUCCGUCUUCCUGCAGGUCAGCAGCAUCGGUAAACUCUUCCUCAUGCUCUUCAUCGAGCUGCUCUACCUUCUCAUCAUGGAGGUGCCCAAAGUGAGCCUGUUCGACAACCAGGAUUUGCUGGUUAUAGCCAACGCCAUCAACGAUGGCGAGCAAAUGAAUGGAACAAGCUGUGUGAUCGACACAAAGGUUCCUCUGAAGAUCAUGACUCCAGUGGUGAUCACAGUCUUCGUUCUUGCUCUCUACCUUCACGCCCAGCAGGUGGAGUCCACAGCCCGACUGGACUUCCUCUGGAAGCUGCAGGCUACAGAGGAGAAGGAGGAGAUGGAGGAACUGCAGGCCUACAACCGGCGUCUGCUCCACAACAUCCUGCCCAAAGACGUGGCCGCUCACUUCCUGCAGCGCGAGCGGCGGAACGACGAGCUCUACUACCAGUCGUGCGAGUGCGUCGCCGUCAUGUUCGCCUCCAUCAGUAACUUCUCCGAGUUCUACGUGGAGCUGGAGGCCAACAACGAGGGAGUGGAGUGUCUGCGGCUGCUCAAUGAAAUCAUCGCGGACUUUGAUGAGAUCAUCAGCGAGGAUCAGUUCCGCCAGCUGGAGAAGAUCAAGACCAUCGGCUCCACCUACAUGGCGGCCUCCGGCCUCAACGACUCCACGUACGACAAGGCCGGCCGCUCGCAUAUCCGCGCUCUGGCCGACUACGCCAUGAGGCUGAUGGACCAGAUGAAGUACAUCAAUGAACACUCCUUUAACAACUUCAAGAUGAAAAUAGGUCUUAACAUUGGUCCGGUAGUUGCUGGGGUAAUUGGGGCCAGGAAGCCUCAGUACGACAUCUGGGGGAACACGGUAAACGUGGCGAGUCGCAUGGACAGCACAGGUGUACCAGAGAGGAUCCAGGUGACUGCAGAUCUGUACCAGGUACUGAGCUCCUAUAACUACACACUGGAAUACAGAGGCGUGGUCACGGUCAAGGGCAAAGGAGAGAUGAUGACCUACUUCCUCACCAGUGGACCGUCCAGCAGUUAACCCACACUGAGUGACAAACAGACACAUAACGGGUUAAAGCGCCUUAUGACAAAAUGAGCAGGCUCACAGACCUCCGAUAGCUUAUGGCGGACUGAGAUCGACUCUCUUCUCACAGCACUGAACCCUUCUUGAACCCGAGGCCACAAAGGAUGAGGAAGAUUCAUCCCAAAGCUCAGCCAUGCAGAGGAGCUUACGAGUGGCAGAGGCCUUGCUAGCUUCAAUCUGCCAUCGAGACCAAAGAUGUCCAAUCAGAGCGCAAAGACAGAUUUGGCCAGCUGUGUGAGUCUCGGUCGCGAAGGAAAAACGCUCUAUUAGAAAUUUGAUUUGCUUCAAAUUGCCGAAGGGUUUUUCGGACAAACCUGCAGGAGGACAUGAGCUGUGUCGCCUCCUCGCUUUCUCUCUGCCUUUCUCCAGCUGAAGUAUAUACAGUAUGUACAUGUAAAACACAGACGGUUUUAUGUGUAUGUAUAUGAGUUCAUGUACUGUUUGUAAAACACUUUGUCCAUGUUGUCGUGAUACAGGUACAAGAGUGUGGACACUAAGCCAGCACUGCAGCACUAUCCGUCCUGGUAUCGAUAUCUAAUCACAUCAGUAAUUAACAGAUUGAUGGAGUCACAGCAAGUCAUGUCUUAUUGCUGAGGAGUGCAAAUGAGGAGAUCCCUCUGAGACUAUACGGAGAGAAACUGCUACCCAGUGUUUACAGACAGCUUCCUAUCAGACGCGUGAAAUCACAACCUCCCACGAUAGUAUCAACAGCAUAUAAACACACGAACCACAAAGAGGAUGUCAGCGAAGAGCUUUUUCUAAUCUUCAAAAAAUUUUUGUAUUUUGACUUCGGAAAACACCAACCCUAUGAGAUAUUUUAAGAUUCUAUAUUUUGUACAUUAAUAUAUUGGAGAGCUAUCUAUAAACACCAGUGUGUAUUCAGAUGUACAUGCUGUAUAAACUCUCAUGUUGGGAUUUCAGUGGUGUUGCCUGAUCACAGCCACAGCUAAUGUGCCAUUUAGCUUCAGCAGAUCGACACUCCUGAAUGCCCUUUUUUUUUUUCCUUUUCUUGCUCUUUUCAGUGAAAUUGAGCAUGUUCGAUCUGCAGGAAGCCUGUCGUUUGUUGAUUAGACGCCGUUGAUGAUUUUUCCCUUUGCCGGUGUGUUUCAAUCUCACAGUAAGAAGGAAGUGUCAAACGGAGCGAGGGCGCGCUUUGAACGACAGACUGGAGGACGGAAACGCAUCAGUUCUUGGUGCUCAAAAAGCCAUUUUGCACUGCAGUGCUUUCAGCCGUCCACCUUCUCCGUGCACUGCUCCACAGCUCCCCUCUCGCUUGCUCAAUCAGAUGGUACGACCCAAUGAAUGUCCAAUGAUCUCCGAUGAGGCCUUUAAUAUGGACUCUGUACUGACAAUGGUGAAGAUGCUCAUCCUGUGGACAGAUGAGCACAUGUGGAAAUGUGCCCUUUCAUCUGCUGUUUUUUUUUUUUUUUUUUCCUCAUCAGAGCACUUUUCUUCAGUAUUACAUCAUAACCCAGCAUGUCAUCAGACAAACUGACCCGUCUGUUUCAUAGACUGAAGCGAUUUUUAGUGAUGUUUUUACCAGACGCUACAGCUGCUUUAGUUUAUCUUGGCUAUCUUAGUUUAUCUCCUGCCAGGAUUUCAAAAAAGAAUUCGAUCUAAGAACCCUAAAGAAUCUCAUGAAAAGACCUAAAUCAGCAUGUCAAAUCCUUAUUGCAAUGCUUUCUGACGUCCUUUAUGUCCCUGCACAUACUGCACCCUCAGCCCCUGUGAAAACAUGAAUGUUGAAACCAACACUCACACUGGAUUGUGCAUAUUUAUCGGGAUUGUGGGUAUAAAACCCGCGUUGGUGUGCUCAUCUAGUAUUUACUGCACCAGGAUGUUAUUUGUGACUCAAAAUGAACUGCAGUGCUUUGCCAUUGGAAUAAUUAGGCUCAGUUCUUUUUAAAUGCUGCCUAUAAAUAAACGUGAAUUUCCAAA